AUGAAGUUAUUGGAUGUUGUUAGUUUGACAUUUGGGAUACUGGUAAAUUCUGUUUGGGCGCUUCCCACUACAGAUACCAAAUCCAACUUUAGUUGGGAGGAUACCAAGUACUUUCUCGCAUUUGGCGAUUCAGAUACCUUCGUCCAAGGAACAUACGGUCUCCAAAACUUUUCCUUCAUCGGGGAUCUUCUACACUUCUCUUAUACACCUGCUCAAAUCUUGAGAACAUCAGCAGGAGGACCCAAUUGGGUAGAAUAUCUCACGUCCUGUUUCUCGGGGCUCCCCUCAAAAUGCACCAAACAAUUCUGGGAUUUUGCAUUUGCCGGCUCAGAUGUUUCUACCACCUGUACUGCAUUACACCAUAACACCGCCGUUUCCCUCGAAAGCCAAAUCCUCGAAUGGUCUACCUAUGCUCUCCCCGUCAUCCCCAUGGACCCAUCCAAAACACUCGUCACCAUCUGGAUCGGCAUAAACGAUAUCGGAGACACCGCUUCCUAUAUAUUUCCCUCUCAUAACUCCACAAGUCUCCACUCUCUAUACACGAACAUCAUCACCGCCGAGUUCGCGGCCAUUGAAACCAUUUACAAAUCUGGAUUUCGCAAUUUUCUGUUCAUGAAUCUGCCACCUCUACAGCGCACCCCACCGAACCUCAUCCGCCCAGCAGGUCCCCUUCCAAACACCACCAUGCUCAGCUCCUACAACCGCAUACUCAAUACCAGCGCCCACCACUUCAGCACCACACAUCCGGGCACCAAAACCAUGGUCUUCGAUAUAUUUUUCUUUCUCUCCUCGGUACUUGAUGAUCCGACACCUUAUGGCAUCAAAAAUAUCACGAAUUAUUGUCCCAAGUAUGAUGCGUCGGAUAUUGCUACGAAUUACGCGGCGUAUGGAUGUCUACCUAUCGAAGAUUAUUUCUGGUAUAAUACGGGUCAUAUCACCUAUCACACACAUGAGAUAUUGGCGAGGGAAGUGGGGAAGUUUUUGGAGAGUCAAAGUUAUUGA